AUGCAGGAGGGGAAGUGGAUCGAGCUGCGCAAGAUCGACUGGACCGACGAGGACGGCAAAGACCGAGUGUGGGAAAUGGCAGCGAGGAAGACGACGAGCAAGGGCGGCAUCGACGCCGUCGCCAUCGCCGCCGUUCUGAAGCACCCGUCUCGCCCCGACGCCGUCCCCAUCAUCCUCCAGUACCGCCCGCCGAUCGAGGCCAUCUGCGUCGAGCUGCCGGCCGGCCUCAUCGACGAGGGCGAGAGCCCGGAGCAGGCGGCCGUGCGCGAGCUGUACGAGGAGACGGGCUACGGCGGCGACAGCUUCGAGGGCCGCGUCAAGGUGACCGAGCUCGGGAGCACCGUCGUCAGCGACCCUGGCAUGUCCAAGGCCAACAUGGUGCUCGCGACGCUCGAGGUUCAGCUCAAGGAGGGCGAGGAAGACCCCAAGCCGCAUCUCGACGAGGGAGAGCACAUCGACGUGCGGGUCGUCCCGCUCGCCGAGCUGUACGCGCACCUGCAGGCGUUCGAGCAGCAGCACGGCUACACGGUCGACGCGCGCCUCCAUCACUGGGCCGCCGGCAUCGAGCUCGGCAAGAAGCUGUUCGGCGGCGGGAGCGAGAAGCUGUAG